GCGGAGGAUGCUGGGAGCGUCCUAGUUAUCGCGAUUGCUGGUGGUGACCGGUGACACUUCCGUGUUGUUGUGGUGACAGCUGCGAGUAAGAAAGGAGGAAGAGGUCACCGGGCUUCAUGCGGGGGAGUGGGCCCUGGAGGAUCUGGACUUGCAUGUACUGCAGUGAUGCUGGAAGGAUGACCAUUUUGGAGACCUUUCCCACAAUGACCCAACACUUUGACACAUGACUUGGUGAUUUAACUUCUCUUCCUCCUUUCUUCUUUCAAACCUUCAUUUCUUAAGAAGUCAUCUCCAGACUGAAUUCCAGAUGUGGUUACAUCAGAGGCUCAAAGGUUUCCCAGGACUGCUGUCCAGCAGCUGGGCACGCCGCAUCCUUGCUGCCCUGGGUUUUCUUCUGAUAAUCUACUGGUAUAUGUCUACUGGAUCCUUGUUCAGAUCCUUGUGGUAUUCAGGUCAGCCGCGAAGUGGCCCUGGGGCUUGUCUACAGACACAGACUAAGCAGUGGAAGACCUUGUUGGACAAGGGGGACUUAAUGAUAGUCUCCUUCCCAGGAGAGGAAUCUAACUUGCAGGGGCCGGCCAUUGUUGGAAAUGGAUUUAUGCUGGUUGAUGUCCGCAAGAAUACUUUAUGGGUAUCUUCUGUGACUGUACCGUUUCGUAUGACGGACUAUUCCCUGGUGACCUCUGUGAAGAGCUCAGGGGUAGCGGCAGAAGUUCAGGCCACUGCUGUCUUCUAUAGAGAAGGUUUGAUAAGGACUGUUCGCUGUAUGCAAAUGGAGUUGACGGACUCCCACCGUGACUGUGUCUCCGUCCGUGAAGACUACUUUGCACACAGGAACCGACCACACCUAUACAUUCAGAGGAUCCACGUUUCCAACCCCAGCGACAGGGUGGUGGCUUUUGAUAUUUCUUCCCAGAAGCCACCUGCUGGAGCCAAGUUUUCCACUAGCAUAGAGAAGAUGCAGGACAGACAGUUCCUUCUCUCCUCUGGACGGGUGUCGUUAGAAGAUGGGAAAAGUAUCCUGGUCGUGAUUGCAACUAAAAAGUUGGUGAACCGAGUGCAGGUCAGCCCCAGGUCCGAAUUUGAUGAAACCGUUCUCUCCGUCAUCUAUACCUCUGAACCCAUAGACUCAGGAAAGUUGGAGGAGAGCUUUAGUAAACUACGAGAGUCUGCAAAGAAAGAGAUGCUGGAGGUGAUGCACAUGAGGGCUGACGACCUCUACAAUGAGCAUCAACAGAUCUGGUCAGAUUUAUUUGUUUCAGGCAUUGAAAUGAGAAAGAUCAAGGAUGCACAUACUCCCUCCAGCGAUACCAUCAACAUCACACUUUACUACAUUCUCUCCUGCUCCCCAGCUCCUCUGGUAGACCCCCUCAUAAGCAACGAAGAAAGAGAUAAGAUGGAGCUGUCUCUGAAUUAUGCCGACCAUUGCUUUAGUGGCCAUGCUACUAUGCAUGCAGAGAAUCUGUGGCCUAGCAAGCUGAGCGGGAUUACGCAGCUUGUACAACUCUGGGAGCUGUGGAAACUAACGUUACAGAAAAGAGGCUGCAAAAGCCUGGUAUCGGCAGGUGCCCACGGGCUUAUGCAGGGAAUGCUUCUCAGCUUUGGUGGUCUGCAGUUCACCGAAAACCACCUGCAGUUCCAAUCUGACCCUCACGUUCUUCACAACAGCUACUCCCUACGAGGCAUACAUUAUAACAAGGACCUUAUUAACUUGGCCGUCCUUCUUGACCAAGAAGAGAAGCCCUUUCUGCACGUUUCAGUGAAAUUCCAGGACAAGCUGGUGAAACUUUACGCUUGCGAAGCCGGGUGUUUACAGGAACCGGUAGAGCUGACCUCUGAGCUCCGAGGACAUGUAUUUCCUGUGAUGGUCACCCGGCCGUUAACCCCAUUGCUUUACAUCUCAACAGAACUGACCCACUUGCAGGACUUGAGACACACUCUACAUCUGAAGGAGAUCCUGGGCCAUGAAGAGCACAUGGCCAAACAGUACCCAGGCCUGCCAUUCCUGUUCUGGUUCAGUGUGGCCUCUCUGAUCACCCUCUUCCACCUCUUCCUAUUUAAGCUCAUUUACAAUGAGUACUGUGGUCCGGGUGCCAAGCCGCUCUUCAGGAGUAAGGAAGAUGAAAAUGUUUGACAGCACAUAAUGAUGCAAAAAUCCCCAGCUCAACCAGAAGAGGCCGCUCUGCUGCAAAACCCCAACAAACCCGUCUCGCGGUGUAACCAAAAUGCACCCUUCCAACUGCUGUGUGUGAAGAUCUGAAGCCACUUGGGAAAUCCUUAGUAACCACCUAGUAUAUGCGCAAUAUGAAUGUCACCUCGUUGGUACUUGGAACAAGGGACCACGAUGAGGCACAAGGCAUAAAGUGCCUCAUCGUGAUUCCUAAUUACCAGUAAAGCAAUAUGCUAAUUAGAUAUGUAAUAAAAUGUCCAUGAUUGAUCCAAAUGGUUUUCUCGUUAAAGAAAAGUUUACAGUGAAAUCUGUUCUUAUUUAAUUUUAUGAAUACAGUGAUAACUGUAAUAGUAUCGCCCAGACUGUACCAAUCUGGCACAAGCCAAGGCCUACAAGAGGUAUCAAACAUCCUGUUGAUUGAAGUGAUAUUGUUUGGAUUGAGGGUUUUUUGUAAAUUUUGUAUUUAAUUAAAUCCACCGUUUUAAAAUA